AUGCAGCCCCCUUACGCCGGCAGCCUCCCCAAUGGCUUCUCGUCGGCGCCCAGCUACUCGGCCACCAAGCACAAGGCCAUUGAAGAUGCCCGCGCCGCGCAGGCCGCCGUGCUGCGCGAGUGCGCCGAGGCCGGCCGCGAGGUGCCGCCGUACAAGCUGCUCGAGCUCAUCGGCAAGGGCAGCUUCGGGCGCGUGUACAAGGCCGUGGGCACCAAGACGAGCCAGCUGGUGGCCGUCAAGGUCAUCAGCAUCGAGGAGGGCGACGGCAUCCAGCCGGGGGCGGCCGACACGCUGGGCGACAUCCUCAAGGAGGUCAACACGCUCAAGCUGCUGAGCAACAGCGGCGCGCGCAACGUCAACGCCGUCGUCGGCACCGAGCUGGUUGGCCAGGCCGUCUGGAUCGUGACCGAGUACUGCGCCGGCGGCAGCGUCGCGUCGCUCAUGCGGCCCACGAGCGGCCUGGCCGAGCGCUGGAUCAUCCCCAUCCUGCGCGAGGUUGCCGAGGCGCUCUUCUGGGUGCACAAGCAGGGCAUCAUCCACCGCGACGUCAAGUGCGCCAACGUCCUCGUCACCGACGCCGGCGGCGUCCAGCUGUGCGACUUUGGCGUCGCCGGCAUCAUGGAGACCAAGUUCGACAAGCGCAGCACCAUCACCGGCACCCUGCACUGGAUGGCCCCCGAGCUCUUCGACCCCCACGUCGCCUACGGCAUCGAGGUCGACAUCUGGGCCUUUGGGUCCAUGGCCUACGAGAUCGCCAACGGCCUGCCGCCAAACGCCACCGCCAGGAUCAACAUCCAGCAGUUUGGCGCCUACCUCAAGCAGCAUCGCCCGCGCCUCCAGGGCGACCGCUUCUCCGACAAUCUCAAGAACCUCAUCGCCUUCUGCCUGGUCGAGGACCCCAAGCGGCGACCGCCCAUCGAGGACGUCCAGCGGCACCCGUACAUCUUCAACACGCAGGACCGGUUCCCCACCGUGUCUCUCGCCCGGCUGGUGGCCGACUACAAGCACUGGGAGUCUCAGGGCGGGAGCAGGCAGUCUCUCUUCUCCGCCGGUGGUGCUCAGGCGCCGCGCAGGGAACGGUCGCCCGUCCGCCAGAGCGGCUGGGACUUUGGCAACUUUGACGAGGUGGACGAGCUCAUGUUCCAGAACACGGCCAAGCCACGGCCU